AUGGCUUCGUCAACUGUGACUGUGGUCCGCUGGACAGCCCUCAUAACCGGAAUCAUCUAUGGAAUCACUCAUCAGUCUACCCUGCAACUGCAAUUCGACGAACGCAAGAAAAAGCAUCAUGCUGAACACCGUGCCGACCUCAUAGAAAAGGCUAAAGCUGCUUGGGCUGCCAAAUCAGACACAGAGUCAUUAAUAAUCGACCCGGACAACCCAAAAUUCGACGUGGAAAAGGUCAUUGCCGCUUAUGCAAAGUGA